AUGGCGCACAAGAUCAAGCCGGCAGCGCGCGUCGACGGCCAGAGGAAGGAUGUGUGGUCGAUCGUCAACGAAGCGGCUGCCGCGGCGACGAAGGAGAGGCCCGUGGUUAAUCUCGGCCAGGGGUUUUUCGGAUACAAUCCACCGGAAUUCGUGAUCAAUGCGGCCAAGAAGGCGUUGGAGAGCGUCGAGUGCAACCAGUACUCGCCGACACAGGGACGGAUGCGCUUGCGACAGGCGAUCUCGGACUCCUAUUCCCCGUUCUUUGGCCGCACGCUGAACCCCGUCGACGAGAUUGUGGUCACCACCGGGGCGAACGAGGGGAUGUUGUCCGCGUUCAUGGGGUUCAUUGAGCCGGGAGAUGAGGUGAUCGUUAUGGAGCCGUAUUUUGAUCAGUAUAUCAGCAACAUCGCCAUGGCGGGUGGGAAGGUGGUCUAUGUUUCGUUGCAUCCGCCGGAGAAGGGAGACACCGAGGUUUGUCCAGCCAGUGAAUGGAGACUUGAUCUGAAGGAGCUCGAGGAGAAGAUCACCUCCAAGACGAAGAUGAUUGUUCUUAACACCCCACACAACCCCAUCGGCAAAGUCUUCAGCCGCGCAGAGCUCGAGGGCAUUGGUGCGCUCUGCGUAAAGCACAACAUCAUAAUCCUCAGCGAUGAAGUGUACGACCGGCUCUUCUACACGCCGUUCACUCGGAUCGCCACGCUCUCCCCCGAGAUCGAGAACCUUACCAUCACCGUCGGCUCCGCGGGCAAGAACUUCUACUGCACGGGCUGGCGCGUGGGCUGGUUGAUCGGAAAGCCACAUCUGAUCAAAUACGCCGGUGCAGCGCACACACGUAUCUGCUUCUCGUCUGUGUCUCCACUGCAGGAGGCAGUGGCGAUCGGUCUUGAGGAGGCGGAUAGUGAGGGGUUCUGGGAAACGUCGAAGAAGGACAUGAAGGCAAAGAUGGAUCGGUUCAAUGAGAUCUGGUAUGAGCUCGGAGUGCCAUACACGGAGCCGGAUGGUGGUUACUUCGUGUUGGUGAACUUGAACAAAGUCAAGAUUCCCGAAGGAUACGACUUCCCACCACAUGUGGCCGAGCGACCGAGGGACUUCCAGCUGUGCUGGUUCCUGAUCAAGGAGCUGGGCGUUGCUGCCAUCCCCCCAACAGAGUUCUAUACCCCACAGCAUGAGAAAGAGGCGGAGAACUACCUCAGGUUUGCGGUGUGUAAGAACGAUGAUGUUCUAGAGGCUGCGAAGGAGAGGCUGCGUGAUCUGAAGAAGUACAUGUAA